UUGUCUCCUUUUAUCUUUAUCUCAUGCCCUCGGUGCCGCCAGUGCCAAACUACAAGCUCUCCAUGUCGAUCCCAGAGUGGCUCCAGGCAAUACAGACCUACAUGAAGAUGCUGCAAUACAAUCACACAGGAACACAGUUCUUCGAGAUUAGAAAAACCAGACCUCUGAGCGGGUUAAUGGAGACGGCAAAAGAAAUGACCAGGGAGUCCUUACCCAUCAAAUGCCUUGAAGCAGUUAUCCUGGGGAUAUACUUAACAAACGGGCAACCCUCCGUGGAGCGCUUUCCCAUCAGCUUUAAAACCCACUUCUCAGGGAACUAUUUUCAUCAUGUGGUGCUCGGGAUUUACUGCAACGGCCGUUAUGGCUCGCUGGGCAUGAGCAGACGAUCAGAUUUGAUGGACAAACCUUUAACUUACCGAACUCUGAGCGACCUCAUCUUUGAAUUUGAAGACUCCUAUAAAAAGUACUUGCAUACAGUCAAAAAAGUAAAAAUCGGAUUAUAUGUCCCACAUGAGCCGCACAGCUUUCAGCCCAUUGAGUGGAAACAGCUGGUCCUCAACGUAUCCAAAAUGAUGCGCACAGAAGUCAGGAAGGAGCUGGAAAAGUUUGCCAGGGAUAUGAGGAUGAAGAUUCUGAAACCCUCAAGUGCCCACUCUCCUAUGAAAGAGAGAUCACGGGGUAAGUCGUUGUCCCCUCGCCGAAGGCAAGCCAGCCCUCAGAGACGAGUGUGCAGAAGAGACAAAUCGCCUGCGGUGGUGGACAAGAAAGGAGAGCUGGCUACGCUCAACGAGGUAGGCUACCAGCUCCGCAUCUAACAAAGCCAUACACCGGACAGAGGGCUUCCCUGGUGCUUCCCGCUGCACUUUACCUGCACUCCGUUGGAAGGAAAAAGGAAUGGGACUAUUUAUUAACUUGUGGACUCUUACAAGAAAAGUUUUACCUAGGAAAUAGAAGGGGGGGAAUUUGGUUUUGGUGGCAGUAUUUAUUUUAUUUCAAUUUACAGAAAAGGCAUCAGUGAAGAGAACCUAAAAAAUGAGGUUUGUCAGGACACAUGUGUUUUUUCCCUCCAUCAUGUAGCAGGUGACUCCAGUGGUGUGAGAGUUUCUUCAAAUAUAAUUUCCCUGUACAAAUAUUAAUUGAAUUUGGGCAUUGUGCAGGGUAGUAGCAUUGGGAUAACUAAGAAAUCAUAUUCUUAGUGCUAAGAUGUGCUAGGGUGCAGUGCAGUUAAAAAACCCCCAUAUUCAGCAUUAAUAUUUAAUUCAGCAAUAAAAACAAGCAGUGCAGAAGUGGCGUGAGUUUUUAAAGUAUCAACAUUACCUCACUAAACUUAAUAGAUAUGCAAAACUGUCAGUAUUAUUGUUUUGUAACUAAUUUGUACUGUUUCCCAGCAUUUCUGGUAGUAUUAAAACAGCACUGGAUGUUUUACUGCCACCUGUAUUAUUUUGUGCAUGUUGCUGAAAGAUGUUAAGUAAUAGUAAUAUGCAAAUGUAUUCUUAAACAUUGACGUGUUAUUAGGCAAGAUAUGAGGUUUUGGUUUUUUAAAAUGAUGAUAAUUGAUGAAUAAUGGAUUUUUAAACUUUCGUAAUUUUUUUUAUACUUUGUCACAAGCUUUUAGUCUUUCCGGACUACACUGCUGAAGCACAAAAUGUAGAGAUUGCCAUUUUGUAGAGACAAGUGUUCACCUAUUGGUCUGUUUUUCUCAUAUAUGUUCCUGGAGUAAUGGAAAAAAAUGUCAGAAUUCCUAACCUGAGUCUAUCUACUUUUCUUUCAGCAUUUGUGUGUAACUUUGAACCUUGUCUUUGAAAGGCUGAGCAGUCUCAGAUGAUCAUGCCUUGACAUCUUAUAUUAAGAUCAGACAUUGCAGGCUGAAGUUAACCUUCUGCCGUGCUGCUGUAGGGAGUUUUUCCUGUAUGUGUUGUAGUAUCAACUGCUUAGUCAUACCUGAAUAAGGAAGCCUGUAUGUCUGAAAUAGCUGAAAAUCAAGCUUGUGUGCUUCCUCCCUACUCAGUCCUGUUCUAAGGCUUAGCUAAGGACCUGUGGUGGACAGCAGCGUUCUCAAGUGAUGCGGUAAGACUUUCAUUGGAGUCCGCCACUCGCAUUAGUGAAGUUCUCUGGAAGCAUUUGAGUGCUGCAUUGUUGAACGUAUUUCAUUAGGUGCCUAAACAGAAACUGGAUUAUUGUACAAGUCCAGCCUCUACCCUUUGUGCUGUGCUUAUAGAUGAUACUGCCAUGGGCCUUGUUGUACCUCCCCUCUGGGGCCAUUACUUUUUUGGAAUUUCAAUGAAUAUAGGACAUUGUAAGACAGUGACAAUAAUGCUUACUUGAACUGAAUGAUUUAAGCUCCUAGAACACUUAUAUCAACCAGCAACUGAAUGGAUAUGGAAGGAGAUGAUUGCUUGUACACAGACCUCACUGACUUUUUUGAGCAAUGAAUCUCACCUACCUAGGACAGGAAGACAACACUGAGACCCAGCAACCUUCUACAAACAGUAAAAGGCUUUCUACUGAUUAAACUUCAGAAGGUCUAAAGACUAUUCAAAUGUAUUACACUUCUUUAUAUAAGAUUACCAUAUCAAUUACAGGGAGGCUUUCCCCAUCCCUCUUUCUGCAAACUUUCCCACUCCUGUGUUCGCAGUAGGAAUCUUUUUGUUGUUCAGGACUGAAAUUGAAGAGAGGGAAACACUCUUUUGGUAGAAAUUCUUGUGUAAUUUGACAUCAGCCACAGAGUUUUGGUUUUAAAGUUUUUUGUGCUGCUCAGUGUGUUGUGACCUGAACAAUUUUUUUCAUGUAUUCCUUAGAUUUCUCAUGGGUAAAAUGAUGUGAAAAGCUUACUUUGAUCAGCUGUAUCCUAUAGCACAAGGUUAUCUGAUAUGUUGCAAGUUUUUUCUAUGAAACCAUGGUUUACUUCAGCUCAAGUAAUGGUGGUUGGUAUACAGUUUUUACCAUUGUCCAGCACAAUUAGUGUUACUAUCUCUUAACCUCUAACGUAUACUGCAACUUCUUAAUGCUGUAGAGGUGUGUGACAAAUGGUUCUUGUUUUGAAGUUCAGCUGAAAUAUUCUCCUGAAACUUGCUUAUGAUGGCAUUUGUUUUAAGUGUGGCUAUUAGUAACUCUUCUAACUUACUGCAGAGUGGUCAAAUAGUGUAGAAAACAUGCAUGGUGUUCUGUUUUUUUAAUCACUUGUAUGUUUAUGCACAGCAUGAAACUUCAAUAAAAUAUCAUGGUAGUCUUUUUUUU